AUGGGAAACGACGAGUGGUUCUUCUUCACGCCGCGCGACCGGAAAUACCCAUCCGGACUCCGGUCAAAUCGCGCCACGCCUGCCGGUUAUUGGAAGGCGACUGGGAAAGACCGGCCCGUAUUCGCCGCAAAUCGCGGAGGAGGAGGAGGGGCGGGCUCGAGCAGUGGCGGUGGAGGUGGAGGUUCGGCCGCGACGACGGUUAUUGGCUUCAAAAAGACGCUCGUUUUCUAUCGCGGGCGUGCGCCAGCCGGCGAGAAGACGGACUGGGUGAUGCAGGAGUACCGUCUACCCGACAGCUCCGACGACAUCGCCAGCCUAAUGCUGCCGGCCGGCAGUUCCGCCGGCAGCGCUGACGUCACCAUCGCCGCGCCGCCGUCCCCGUCCGCGGCGGGCUGGCAGAGCGCAAGCGGCCCCUCGGGAAUGACGUUGUCGCAGUGGGUGGUCGUGCGCGUGUACACGCGCGGAGCGCUUCCGCAGCAGGUGCAACCUGGGCAGCGCGGCGGAAGCAGCGGGGGGCACCUAACAGCUCCUCGGGGAUUGGGUCACGCGCUCCAAGCGCAUGCGGAGAAAGCGGCGGGAAAAGGGGAAAAAGUGGGAAAAGCGGAGCCAGAGGAGGAGUCAGAGCAGCAGCGGAUGAUUUUGGACUCUGGUGGCAGCGGCGGAAGCGGAAGCUUCCCGUUCAGCGCUGGCGUGAGUAGGGAGACGGCGGGAGCGGGGUCCGUUCCGCAGUCUCCGCUCGUGUCCCCGCGUUUACAUCUUCCGCAGGUUCACUUUCCAAACACGAGCACGACCUCUGCUGUUGCCGCAGGAGCUUCCGCCUCUACAUCCGCUGCUGCUUCCGCCGUUGCCUCCGCCACUUCUGGUGCAGGCGGAAGCGGAAUCACCCCAGUCGGAUCCCUCGGGCCUGCUCCUGGUUCAGCUCUCAACAGCCUUCGGAAACUUUUUUCUGCCCGGUCUUCGCUAUCCGCGCCCCUGCCCGUGCUUCAGAGCACAGCUGUGCAAGCUUUCAAAAAAGGGCCUCGCACAAUCGACCGGGCAGUUACUGUAGCUAUUGGAGAUUCAUCCAACCAAUCAGAUAGCGCUGCAGGUUCGAAAGGCAUUUCUGGUCUCACGAAUCAAAUCGGAGGAGGUUCGGGACCUACAGGUUCGGAAGCUUUUGCGAAUCCGCUGAAUUCGAGACUGUUGAGCCUGACUCGGUUCAACUCGCCGGCAAUCCCAAGGGGCAAUUCGUGCCCAUCUGACAUGACUACAGGCCUGGGUUCGAAUCCUGACGGACGCAUUUCAACACUGGCAAGAGCGCAAAGCUUGGCACAAUCCGCUGUGAUGGAGGACGCAGGCGAAGGGGGAGAGGAGAGCCAAGGGCAGUUUGCGGGGGCCCAGCGCAGCACAGAGGCGCAGCCGGCAAGCGGGCAGAAAAACGGGCACGAAAGCGGGCAGGAAAACGGGCGGGGAGGUGGAGGAAAUGGUUCCGGCGAAGCAUUUUCGAAGCUUCUUGCCGAGUACGUGGGGGGGCAGAGAGACAAUGACGGGCCUGCGAGUAUUCUCUCUUGGCCGACGGACCCAGCAGCCACAACAAGUGUGUUCCCGGCAAGCCAGGAAGAGCAGAUGCAGCAGAGCGAGGAGGCACAAGGGACAGGGCGGUGUGAGGGGACUCAGGAGGCUCAAGAGACGCAUGGAAAAGAGAGUUUAGAUGCUCAGGCUGCCACUGGGGAAGCAUCCGAGAAACAGCACAACCGGGUCCCGCAACAAGAGGCCCAGACGAGACCCACGCUACGUCGCCUGCAGCGGUCAAAUGCUGCCGAGAUUGAGCCUCUGGAGGACCUUAUUGCUCCACAGAACCCUUCGAGCCAGCGCCUGCAGCAGCCUCAUCAACCGCAUCAACAGAUCCAGCCGCAGCGCUCAAACGCUGCCGAGAUUGAGCCUCUGGGGGACCUCAUUGCCCCACAGAGCCCUUCAAGCCAGCGCCAGCAGCAGCCCCUACCCGACCCUUUCCUGGCGGUGCCAACCCCGUCCUCCACACUGACCACUCCUGGCAUGCCUCGGGAAUUCCUUAACCUUGAAACGCUGAUGACGCCGAUGGAUUUGACUGCUACUGGCUGGUGGGCUGCUGCUGACACUGUUACUGCUGCUGCUGCUGCUGCUGCUCCUGCUGGUGGUGCUGCUGCAGCCUCUGCUGGCACUGCUGCCGCUGGCGGAGCAGCAGAUGGGGGUGCAAUGGAGGCAAGCCACCUGUCAAUGGAAGGUAUGGUGGUUCGGCCCUUAUCCAAGCGAAGGAGCUUUGUUGCCGAGGAGAUUGAGGAUGGUUCGGGUGGCUUGGGUGCGGUGAAGGAGAUAGGAGUGGGAGAGGAGGGAGGUGUGGGGGAGAGCUCGCAGCCUGAUAUUCUCAACAUGCUGAAGCAGAUCUUGGGCUCCUGUCAUCCUGCUUGUUUCCGCGUCGCUUUUUCGGCUGCGAUUUUUCUUUCUGCCAUGCCAGACCCACAUCGCGCGUCAAUACUCACAACUGGAGAGGCGGCGGCGGCGGAGAGGGGCGAGAAGGCGCGACGGGCGGAGGCACGGGGGGCGCGGAUGGUGAAGCCGUGCGCGUGCGGGGGCACGAUGGGGCGCGUGCAUCUGCGGUGCCUGCAGCAGUGGAUCGAGCGGCGGCGAAUGGACGGCUGCGAUCACGACGCGCUCACGUGCGAAGUGUGCCGCUCGCCGUACCGCCUUCGAAUUCACGAGAGGCUGGAUCUUACGUGGGAGCGCCUGUGUUCGUACGCAUCUAUUUCUUUCUACGCUGAAUUCUGCACCAUCUGCGCCACCCUCGCCUCCAUGGUCUUCCUCUUCUUCCUCAUCGUCAUCGGCGACAGUGAUGAGGAGGGUAGGGAGUUGAGUCUAUUCGCUGCAGUGGUGGUGGCAGCAUGUGUAAUCACCCUCGGGAUUCUCACUCUUUUCAAGGUCACCUCCAGGUGGCGUCAGGCCAUCUCAGUGCCGCUGCUCUCGCCCAGGGGCCCUCUUUCCCCGCCCAUGCCCUCCUCGCCCCGACUCUCGCUGUAA